CCAGGAUGCACCGGGCGCGGCGACGCUGCGCAGCCCGUUCAAACCGGCCAAUCGGCAGCCCGCGCUGCGCUUGCCGCGCCGCGUUUAAAUCCCGGGCGGAGGUGCGGUCGCCAGGCGUCGCCGCCGCUCGGUGACUUCCUGACAGCCCUCGCCGUGAAAGGAGGACACGCUUGGCGACCGACGCGCCUUCAGCCAGCCAGUCUCGAGAGGCAGGGAUGGAGGUUCCCAAGAAGGAUGACAUUCUUCUCCUGGCCGAUGAAAAGUUUGACUUCGAUCUUUCACUGUCUUCUUCAAGUGCAAACGAAGAUGAUGAAGUCUUCUUUGGACCCGUGGGGCAUAAAGAAAGAUGUGUCGCUGCCAGCUUAGAGUUAAAUGCCCACGUUCCCGAAGAACCGCUUCUGCCAGGCUCGGAAGGUCACUUCACCUGGAGCCCUCUCACUGGGGAGAAGUUUGUGGAAGUGUACACGGAGGCUCACUUGCUGGCCUUCCAGAUCGAAAGCAAAAGCAAAAGCAAGGCAGCCCAAGCGGCCAGGCCCGAAGACCUUUGGAGCCAGAGCGUGGAGAGAUUUAUCCAGGAAUCGAAAUUAAAGAUAAACCUGUUUGAGAAAGAAAUGGAAAUGAGGAAGAGCCCCAGGUCGCUGAAGAGGGAGACAUAUUACCUGUCGGACAGCCCCUUGAGGGCACCGCUGAGCCAGACCCCCUUGGGGGCAGCUUCUGCCCAGGCCGGCCAAGCCCAGACGCAGGGACCGCUGCACUCGCCUCGCUCUUCCUUGCCGGUGGAACCCGGUGCUGCUCCCCCUCCAAACCAGGCAGGGCCUCAGAAAAAGGUCAUCAGCCAGUUGGUACGGCCCCGAGCUUCGUCUGUGAGAGGGAAAACCAUUCAUGCGGCCGCGGAGCAGCCUAUGAAAAGGACACCAGCUAGCCCUUCCGGCGUGAGAAACCUAAAUGAGAAGGAAUCCCGCGGGGCCGUGCCCCCUGACAAAUCCAGUGCUGCCCGGGAGGGCGCCAGCUUGCCGGCCGGGGGCAGCCACUUGGUCCAAGGCAAGCGAUCGCUCCCUGUCCUGAGCAAGUUGGGGCCGAAGAGGACCCUGUUAAAACCAAGUGGGUGUGCUGGCGGUCUUUCAAGGAAGUCGUCUUCCUCAGGGUCUGUUUCUGGUGGGAUUUCCAGUGUGUGUGCUUCUCCGGCCACCUGCAGAGCUAAAUCAAGCGAACCUGCAAGUUUUCCUGCGAACAGUUCCCCGCCUGUGUCAUGCACCAGCCAGUCAGGCAGAGUGGGACCUGCUGUGUCCCGGCAGUCCCUGCAGGGAGGCCCUGGGGGUGCGUCCUGCAGAAGGAGUAAAUGGACCUUGGCUGCAGAGGUGACAAGGGAGCCAGCCAAGGCGCUCACCCCCGCGGCUGUCGCCCAAGCCCGGACUCUGGAACAGGGAGGCCCGGGGCUGAGCUCUCAUUCCAGCUGGUCGCCGCCGUCUCUGUUGAAUACGGCCGGGAGUGCGAGAGGGCGUGAUUCCCGGCUACCCUGCAAGACAAAGGCGAUGCCCACCCCAACAAGUCACUUUAAGGUCCCCAAGUUUUCUACUGGUGAGCCUGCAGACAGUGCAAUGCCAAAGUCCUGUCGGGCACAGAGGCCAUAUUCCUGCACAUCAGUGGGAAGGGUAGUUGUCCACAGCACUCCCGCUGGACACUCAUCUGGGCCGGCCUCACCAGGACAUUUAAGCGGUAUGACGACCCCUGUGAGUGCGAGGCGUGGGUCAGCCUUGCCCACGCCCGCCAGCCGUCGGCUCUCCAGCCUUCCACGGGUGACCCCUAAAACUGUGCCCAGAGCUCUGGCUUCUCCCCUGUGUGUGUCUGCUCCGCGGCUUUCCUCUGAACUCCGGAAAAAAUGUGCAGCGAGAGCCGCGCCAACCAGGGCGAGCAGGAGCGAGGCUGCCUCCAGGCGCGAGGACUCGUCGUCUGACGGGUCCUGUUCCCCCCCGUCGGCUGUGCCACAGGCACUUAACUUCUCUCCUGAAAAGAGCGACUUGGCUGUUCCAAAAAGCAUCACUGCAGAAGGAGUGCCAGCUGCGGCCCGGCCACCCGAAGACACACGCCCUCGUGAGGCGAUUCUUGUGGAUCUUAGACUGGAGCAACUUGCCAUCGCUCCGAAAGCCGAGGGCCCAGCCCUCGUCAGCCCCCCUCUCGUGGACCUGGGCGGUACUCCAGAAGCAAGCGUGGCUCCGGGCUCUGAAGGCAGACCUCUGAUUGACCUGCUGAUCAACACUCCGGACAUGAACAGAACCACCGCGUCCAAGCCUCUCCACGAGGUGGCACAGCUGAUAGACUUGACUUCUCCUCUGAUCCAGCUGAGUCCCGAGGCUGACAAGGAAAAUGUCGAUUCGCCACUUCUCAAGUUCUGAGGAGAAUAAAACCCUUCGCGUUUUACAUUUCGUGAAAAGAACUGUCAGUCCUAAGGUGGUUUUCAACCGUUAGAAAUAAAUCUUGGGAGCAAUUG